ACAGUCACAGCCCUUCACAGCACCGGACACAGUGUGGAAGAGCAUCCUGAUGGACACCGGCCUAAGUGGUGUGAAUACUGAUCAACACCACUGGAAACAGGAAGAGCAGGUGGGAGCGUAUCCUUUCUGCUUCACCUGGGUUUAGUUAGAUGGAAAGGGCAGCCUAAGGACACCUGUGUGAACUUCACUCCUCGGAGCCCUGGAUGAUAAUACUUUUGAGGGAUCUUGAUGCACUUUGGUUGUUGUCCACUGAAAUCACCUGAGAUGUUGAGUGUUGAAACACUGGCCUCCUGUGGGAUUGCACCACACUUGUUUUAAUGUCUGCAGGAGGAAAGUUUCCAGACGUGUGAAAAAUGUCCAGAUGUUCGUAUCUCAAAUCUGAUUGGAGAUUUAUCAAACAAAGCAAAGAAGUCCCUGAAGUUGACAGAAAUGGUUUCAACACAAGUGCUUGACACACAGAAGAGAACACAACAUUUAAGCAUGAAGAAGCUUGGUUCCAUCUCAAACCCGUGAAGCAUGGAGAAAGCCGUGCCAGGUCUGAUGCUGGGUCUCCUGACCAAUCACACAAUUCCAAAUGACACGUCCGGCCAGCGGAGCACAACCAAGCCUACCCCUCCCAGCAUGGAGGAGGUCAUCCACUCCGAAUCCCAGAUUAAGGAUCUCGUUGGGCUGUUUUGCAUGGUGACCCUUAACCUGGCAGCCCUAUUGGGCAACAGCGGAGUCAUGGUGGCCAUCGCCCGAGCUCCUCACAUGAAAAAAUAUGUGUUUGUGUGUCACCUUUGUGCAGUUGACCUGCUUUGUGCUAUACUGCUGAUGCCUCUCGGGAUAGUAUCCAGUUCCCCAUUUUUUAGCACUGUAGCGUUUACUGUUCUGGAGUGCCAAGUGUACAUCUUUCUAAACGUGUUCCUCAUCUGUGCCUCUAUUCUUACUGUGACCGCGAUCAGUAUCGAACGCUACUACUACAUUGUCCAUCCGAUGCGAUAUGAGGUAAAGAUGACCCUAAACCUGGCGCUUGGUGUUAUGGUCUUCAUCUGGGUCAAAUCCAUCCUGCUGGCGUUGGUGACGCUUCUCGGUUGGCCAGCAUAUGGAAAUCAAAGCUCCAUUGCAGCAGCCCAUUGCUCCUUACACUGGAGCCACAGCCGUCUCAGGAAGGUUUUCGCUAUUCUCUUCAGCGUGCUUUGCUUCUUGGUUCCCGCCGUUGUGAUUUUUGCCGUAUAUUGCAACGUAUACAAAGUCGCACGAACGGCAGCCCGCCAGCACGCGCCGAUGCCCACUUGGACGGCCAACCAGGCUAAGCGUCGCUCGGAUUCCAUUAACAGUCAGACCACUAUCAUCACCACCACCCGCAGCCUCCCCCAGAGAUUGUCUCCUGAGAGAGUUUUUGGGGGCGGAAAGGCUGCUAUCACCCUGGUUGUCAUUGUAGGCCAGUUUCUUAUCUGCUGGCUCCCGUACUUCAGUUUCCACCUUCACAUGUCCAUCACCACUCCACUUCAGAGCCCAGGGGACAUCGAAGAAGCCGUCACGUGGCUAGCAUACGCCUCGUUUGCUGUGAAUCCGUUCUUCUACGGUCUUCUGAACCGACAGAUCCGCGAGGAACUGAUAAAACUGAGAAAAUGUUGCGCCAGUAGACCCGUUGAACUAAGAGCCUCCAGUCAUGAAGGUUCCAUCCAGGAAAACUUUCUUCAGUUUCUGCAGAGGACCAGCAGCACGGCUGAGACCACCAGGCCCAGUUGUGGCAAUUCCAGUCCGAGGAAUACUGUGGACCAGGGUGCCAGGUUACCUGGCCAGAUCCCUGAGGAAUGACUAGCCAAAUCAGGCCUUAUAAAGUUUUGUUUUUCAUAAGAAGAGCAUUAAAGGAUUAGUUCACUUCUAUUAUCUUCUGAUAAUUUACUCACCUCUAUGUCAUCCAAGAUGUUCAUGUUAAGAAAUUAAGGUUUUUGAGGAAAACAGUCCAGGAUUUUUCUCCAUAUUGUGGACUUCAAUGGGGACCAAAUGGGUUGAAGGUCCAAACUGCAAUUUCAAUGCAGCUUCAAAGGGCUCUCCCAGGCAAGGAAUAAGGGUCUUAUCUAGCAAAACAAUUGGUCAUUAUCUUAAAAAAAAUUAAAAUGUAUACACUUUUUAACCACAAAUGCUCGUCUUGCACUAGCUCAACCUCACAUGCUCACAUAAUCAUGCAUGUGUAACAGUCAACGCCCCCUUACAAAAAAGGUAAAAUAACGAUGUCUGACAAUUUUGAAGUUGGAGGAGAAAAUGAGAUGUUUUUCACCCUACUCUUAAGUCUUAAGUCAGAAAAAUCUGUGAAUGGACUUGUACCUUGUUUUAGAAGCCGAACAAAUUAGAAUAUAAAAAUAAUAAUAAUAAUUUUAUAUUACUUUUAUUCCUAUGACAGCAAUAGCCAUAUAUUGUAAAACAAUUGCUCUGUAAAAUAAAUGAAAAUGAAUAUUCCAUAGGUAUAUUAUUUUUGCUUUACACUACAGUAGGGAAAUUACAAUACUUCUUUCCUAAUUUCUACACUUGAAAGAUAUAUUUUGAAUUUGGACUGCAGUAAUGUUACCCAUUCAAACUGCUAGCUGUCAGCAAUUCAUACUGUACUUUUAAGCUUUCAUUUUGACAAGAACAGCAGUAAAGCUUUUAUUUUGACUCCAGCUUCAGUGAAAACAUACUUACAAAAACUACAAAUCUAGUCUGCUGAAAAAUAAAGCAUAAUUGGUGGCCGCUGCAUUUCUAUGCGUGAUAAACUCACAGCACAAUGAACAAAUUCACUGCAUUCACGGUGAACGGAGCCAUUCUGAGACGUGGAAAACACCGGGUCACGAGCUGAGCUGUGUGGACAUAUGGUCAUAUUUUGCUUUCGGUUUUAGUUUGUUUGACAGAUACUGUGCCAAAGCACAAUGGCCCAAAACACAACUUUAGUCCUUUUAUGUUAUAAUAUUUUAAACUUUUUGCCUACACUUUUUGCCCAGAAGACCUAUAUUGUUUCAUAUCGUCACGUGACCACGAUAAUAUCGAGACAGUUUUGCUAUCGCCAUACCGCAAAAUUGAUCAUUUCAUUACAUCCCUAAUAUGAAAAUGACUGAUUAGUUUAAUAGAUAAGACCCUUAUUCCUAGACUGGGGUCGUGUAGAGCCCUUUGCAUUGAAACUGCAAUUUAGACCUUCAACCCAUUUGUUCCCGUUGAAGUUCACUAUAUGGAGAAAAAUCCUUAAAUGUUUUCCUCAAAAACAUUAAUUUCUUUUCGACUGAAGAAAGAAAGACACAAACAUCUUGGAUGACAUGGGGGUGAGUAAAUUAUAAGAAUAUUUUUAUUCUGGAAGUGACCUAAUCAUUUAAUUCAAUGUUAAAUCCAUGCAAAAUCAGAUCUAAAUUCUCUUUGAACCAGUGUAAUACAUGUGUCUAUAAUUUGUUAUGGUUCCCAUAGAUUAGUGGAAAUUUUCACAACUUUUGUUGUAUAUUCAACAUUUUGUUGCAGAAUCACUGUCGGUCGUUAUUUAUUCGUUUCAUAAUAUCAACACUCAUACUCAGUAAUUACUAUUAUUUAAGUCUUGACUCAUAAUCGUGCCUAUAUUGAUACUAUCAUGACACAACUGUCAAUUAUUAAUAAUAUUAUGUACAUUAUUUCAGUGAAAAUAAUAAAACAUGUUUCUAGCAUUUGA